CUGGCUGGGCUGAGUUCAUUUGAUUUUAUUUGGGUUUGUUUAUAAUUUAUUUAUUUGACUCACACCAUCAUCGUAAAGCAGAAGAAAGGGAAGUGUUGGCAACUCGGGUUGAAUUAAAAAAAAAAAACCACCCCAAACUUUUCAUCAACUUUUGGCGAUGGGCUGUAUUGGAUACUUUCUGUUUCUGUGUGGGUUGAGUCGGGCUAUGGCAAGUUAUCCAAUCUGGUGGUCCUUGGCCAUCGGUCACCAGUAUUCCUCCCUGGGGACUCAGCCCAUCCUCUGCGGCAGCAUCCCAGGGCUGGUCCCGAAGCAGCUGCGCUUCUGUCGGAACUAUGUGGAGAUCAUGCCCAGCGUGGCAGAAGGGGUCAAGAUCGGGAUCCAGGAGUGCCAGCACCAGUUCCGUGGGAGGAGGUGGAAUUGCACCACCGUCAAUGACAGCCUGGCCAUAUUUGGGCCUGUGCUAGAUAAAGCUACCAGGGAGUCGGCCUUUGUCCACGCCAUCGCCUCCGCGGGUGUUGCUUUUGCGGUGACCAGAUCCUGCGCCGAGGGCUCAGCCACCAUCUGCGGCUGCGAUACCCGCCACAAGGGGCCCCCCGGGGAAGGCUGGAAAUGGGGAGGCUGCAGUGAGGACGUGGAGUUUGGGACCAUGGUGUCUCGAGAGUUCGCGGACGCCCGGGAGAACAGGCCGGAUGCUCGGUCAGCCAUGAACAGGCACAACAACGAAGCUGGGAGAACAUCCAUUAUUGAUCACAUGCAUCUGAAGUGCAAAUGUCAUGGUCUGUCAGGCAGCUGUGAGGUGAAGACAUGCUGGUGGUCCCAGCCAGACUUCAGGGUCAUCGGUGACUAUCUCAAGGACAAAUACGACAGCGCUUCUGAAAUGGUGGUGGAGAAGCAUCGGGAGUCCCGUGGCUGGGUCGAGACGCUCAGGCCCAAGUACAACUUCUUCAAGGCCCCAACUGAGAGAGACCUGGUUUACUAUGAGAACUCACCAAACUUUUGUGAGCCGAACCCCGAGACGGGCUCCUUUGGGACCCGCGACCGGAUCUGCAACGUCACCUCCCACGGGAUCGACGGAUGCGACCUUCUGUGCUGCGGCCGCGGGCACAACACAAGGACUGAGAAACGGAAAGAGAAGUGCCACUGUAUCUUCCACUGGUGCUGCUACGUCAGCUGCCAGGAGUGCAUACGAGUCUACGACGUUCACACGUGCAAGUAAAGCAGGAGUUCCCUGGACAGGCUCCGUGCGGAGAAAUGGAUUUGAGCCUGCUUCUUCUGAGGUUGUGUAGAUGGGAAAGAUCUACCUUUUUUUUAUAGUAAAAGAAAAAAUAAAAAAGGCUAAAACUGGCUGGAUAGAAUAGAUCUAAUGACUUCUUGGUCGUCCCAAGAUGCAUCUGGAGGCUAACAUUACAAACAUGGAACUCCAUACAAAAAGAUUAUGCACCGGUUAGGAGGCUGUGAUUUCUUUAAUUACCCAACAGAACAGAACUGCGGAGAAGAUUGUUAGCAGGGGCAAUGACUCUUUGCUCUUCUCUCAACUAACCUGAAGAGACUCAUGCUAUUAAGUGUCCUUUGAAAGACUUGCAACUUCCUAAACACCUUCUGUUCCCAACCCAAUAGGAAGAGGUGAUGUCAGACAGCAGCUCUCAGCGUGCUGAGAUCCUUUCCAAGCCCCAGCAACCAGAGUCUGUGUGCAACAUGAAUGGCAAAAAAUUAAAAUAAAAUAAAACAUUCAAUUCAUUAAAAAAAACAAACAAACUUUUCUUCCACUUCUUCCGGGAACAGGGGAAUUCUGCAAACAUUCCUUAGUGCUGUACAAUGGACGAGCUCUUAGCAUGAACUUUUUAACAUAGUGGUUUCUGCCAGAUUUGACAUAGGACGCAGUGACACAUUUAGUACUUCUGCAGAGAAAGAGACUGCGGAUGGAUUGCUACCAAGGUCCCACUGACACCAGUGCAACAGGCGUGGUAGAUGCUGUGAUCUAGAUACACAUGCGUGCACGUCAUACAUAAAAACUCAGUGCCCAGAAGGGGACCCAGCAAACGCAUGGCCACGGAGACCAAAAUGGCUCUUUUUCCUCAGCUGACACACCAGCAGACAUUGACCCAACUGUGGCCUGUGGAGGCAGGGGUGUGACUCAGCCGAUUAGAAGGAGGAUGCCCGUUGAGACGUGCAGUGGGGUAGGGCGCAAACCGCCUGUGAUUAAGGUGGUGAGGACAUCGUUUCUUUGCACCACAGGCCAGCAAGGAAAGGAGAGCAGGAAAGGUGUUUCCCCACCUCUGCUUAAGAAACAAAGUAACCUUGGAAAGUGCACUUAGUUCAUUUCAUCGGCUCCGUACAGCUUCUGCAGAACCCUCAGAACAGAACUCUGUAGGGAACAGCGGUUCUGAAGGACUGUGUGAUAUGUGUUGCUAGACAAACCCUGACCUAGAACAGCCUUGGACUCUGGCCAAGUUUGGAGCCAGAUCCAACCUCCGCCACUAGUGUCUCUAUAACAGGCCAAAUCAAAAACCUUGUGUCUGAACCACCCUCGACUUUGGGAAAGUUUGGAUCCAGCUCCAAAUCCCAACUCUGCAGCACAGCCCUAUCUCUGCUGUUUGGCUGUUUCGCCUCUUUGACUCCAUUCCUUUGCCCGUGUUGCAAGCUGUCGUACCUCUGAUACCUAGAUCGGGAUUGCCAAUUUACAGUAGCAAAGGUAACUUGCUGUCUGGUAAUCCGGGCUCCACCUGGGGUUGUGGGUUCUCAGGCCUGACUCUUCACACUGGCUGGAGGUCCCAUCUAGAGAAAUGGGAAAGGGACUGAUUUUUUUUUUCUUCCUUUUGCCAUCAAGAAUUGCAGAAAUGGAAAUGAGGAUAGAGCAAAGGGAGCCUUUCCACUGACUGCCGGGGGAGCUGGAUCACCACUUUGGGCUAGGUUGUGACUACACACCUGCGUGGGGAAAUACAAGCACCUCCUCGAUCCCCCAUGCUGGCUUGCCCUCUGCAACCCGAGCAGAUGAGCUGGGAGAAUGCAGCCGAGACAAGGAAUGAACGGAGCCUAAUCCCCACGGAGAAAAAUGGGGAGGGAGUUGUGCCCCAGAGGCACGUUUCUGAGUCCCAGAGCCUCCCGGACUACUUCUAAAUUGAGCUGUGCCCAGAGGCACAAGCUAGCCCUCUGGAUUGACGGGGUCAGUUUUGUCUACUCUGUAUCUAAAGGCUGACUGAUGCCAGAGUGACUUCAUCUGUGGUUUAGAAGAGAGAAAGAACGUAUACAUAGAGAAUUAGGCAUGGUUUUUGCAUCCCUGCCCAUCCUGGCUAAUAACCAUUGCAGAAGGAAAUGGCCUAGGAUAGGGAUAGUCGUGCGCUAGCUUUAAAAGGAAGGGAAACAGCUGGACAUUUUAGAAAAUCUUAUCUGAAGUGGAAGGAGUCCUUAGAACAAACUGGAAAAGAUUUGGGAAGGAAAAAAAUAAAUAAAUGCAGUUUACACUCAUGAUCCAGAGAGAGCAAACACAUGGGCAGAUGCUAGGCCGGUCGCUUAAUGCCCUUCUAGAAGGAGCUCGCAUGCCUUGAGGAUGAGGGCUGCCCCAGAGCCUGAACACCACAGAGCACAAGUGUGGGUUUAACAAUCAUUGGGGGCUAACUUCACUGCUGGUGCAAGUCCAUUGACUUUCAAUGGGAUUAGGCCAGCAGAGAAUUUAGCCCUUAUACAUUGGAGUAAGGUAGUUUAAAAUCUGUCCCUGCUUAACGCUCAUGCAAAGACAUGAGUUAGGGGUUCUGAGUGUCCCUGGGGAGAACCGGCCAGCCUGACUCUGGCCUCACAUCACUUCGGCAGCAUUCUAGCUCCACCAAGAGUUACUUCUGAUUUACCCCACUGUGAGUGCGAUCAGAAUCGAGCCCACCAUCGCUAGCUCUCAACUCUGCUUGGGAAGUGUGAGGAAAAGUCCAGGCACUUGCUAAGCAACGGCCUGUUCCGGGGAACACACAAAAUCUUGAGCCUAAAUUGUGGCAGGUGGGUGAAAUGAGGAACGGAUCUGCAGUGGAGAUGGGCCUCAAGCUGCCACGUUCAGACUGGGGUUCAGAUUUCAAACAGCUUGACAUUUGGGGGCGCCCCCCGCAGAACCAAGGAUUUUGAGCUAGGCCCAUAUCCAAUUUCUCAACAUCUUUCUUGUUCUAUUGUAAAUAUUCAUCAUCAUAGAGCCUAAGGAGGCGAUCCAGCCCCCAUUUCAAACAGUGAAAAGACAACUGCAUGCAUUCUGUUAAUGACCCCAAAUGCAUUUGUGAGUUCUAGUCCCAGGUCUGAUCCUUCAGAGGAGAGAGAGAUGGUUUAGCCGAGGUCUGGGUGCCACCAGUCUGCUUUCUGAGACUGGCUCCAUCUAUCACCUUGGGCAAGUCAUUGGGACCUCAUGUUGCAAAACUGGCCACUGAUUUGGGGCAUCCAGUUUAAGGUGUGUUAAGGAGUCUCACCUUGAAUUUGCACCCAAGACCCAAGGCCACUUCUGGAAAAUUACGGCCGCAGCCUCUCUCUGCUUCAGGUUGUCAUACUGUGUAACAGGAGUGAUACCGCCUGCUUCCCUGAGGUGUCAUAUUCAUUAUUUACUGUCUGGGAAGCACUUUGCAAAUGUCAAAUGCUAAGAGUCACCACAAUCUUAAACAGGGUUUCACAAAAUCUUUCCCUUCCACCUUUAUUUAUUCUGUAUACACAACACACUUAGGCCAAAAACCACAGCACCAUUCAUCUCCUAACGCUGACAAAUGUGAACUGUCCCGCCCGCCCUGAAUAAAACGCAGUGUUUUUCCCUUGUCUUCUUGCGUGUGACCAAAUGUAUCUUGGGACCAGACGGCACAUACCGUGAGGGGGAAAGAUACAUCAAGCCAAGAAACACAGCUGUAUAAAGAAAAAUAAGUAAGAAAGAAAAAAAACCAUAAUCCUCUUCUUAAAUGCUGCUAUUCCACAUCUACUGUAGCUAUAAAACCAGGCCUGAUGGGUCACAAUGAUCCCUGAUACAACUCCAUUGCAGCCAGUGGAGGGACCCCAGGGAAGAAUUUGGCCUUAUUUUGUUUUCUUUCUAUGAAAGAAAUUGGUUUUUGUUUUGUUUUGUUUUGUUUUUUGACUUAGGGGGUGUUUAUUUUAGGGUCAAGGGAAGAAAAAGGGAGGGAAAAGGUGUGAAGUUUUCUACCAACCUCCUGCCCUCCCCCCCCCCCCACACACCCGGAGAUACCUGUUCAUGGCUUAGGUGGGUUUCAAUAGGGCGUGUAGUGUCAGGUACUAUGGGUCUGAUCAAAAGCAUAUUGAAGGCAAUGGGAAUCUUUCCUCUGAUUUCAAUGGGCUUUGCAGCUAGUUUUAUGGCAGUCGUGGCCUAAGCCUGAGAGAAGACUGUGAGUAUAACCCACUUGUAAAGUGUAUGUGUGGUGUCCCUCUCUAUUGGCUAGUCCACAGACAGGAGAACACCCUACUACUGCAGCCAGUGUCACUCCUUUAGCUGAAGUGGUAGCGUUUGAUGCUGAAGAGGCUAGGUUCAAGCCUGCGGAGGAUAUGCAAUGGGAGAGGGCGGUCACAGCAGCAGUACCUAAUGGGAGGCGUGGGGGCUCACCUGAGCAUCGACUCCUCUUCAGAGCUGCCAUAGGCGUCUCUCGACUCUUUAACUACAGGUUUGGGAAGAAAUGUAUUUAAAAAACAGGCAUGCAAAACAAAUCAUAUGUUCGGGCUAAGCUGGACCCAAGGAUGUAGACAACUUCCUGUCUCCCACCGCCCUGAGCCUUUCCUCCUUCAGAGCUGAAGCCACCAAGCAGGAAAGACCUUCCAGACAGUGAUGUACCCAGUCAAAUGGGCUGUGUGCCCAUGGUAAUAGCCCCUCUAGCUGAAUA